AUGGGCCGCAUCUCUGAAUACCUGGUCAUUGGCCGGCACUUGCCGACGGAGAAGGAGCCGACUCCGGCCCUCUACCGCAUGCGCAUCUUCGCUGCGAACGAGACCUUCGCCAAGUCGCGCUUCUGGUACUUCGUGCGUCAGCUGCGUAAGAUGAAGAAGGCCACCGGUGAGAUUGUUGCCAUCAACAAGAUCGAGGAGAAGACCCCGACCAAGGUUAAGAACUUCGCCAUCUGGCUCCGCUACAACUCGCGCUCGGGCACCCACAACAUGUACAAGGAGUUCCGUGCUCUGAGCCGUGCUGAGGCCGUUGAGUUGAUGUACCAGGACAUGGCUGCUCGUCACCGUGCCCGCUUCGGCAGCAUUCACAUCCUCAAGGUUGCUGAGAUCGAGAGCGUGUCGGAGAUCCGCCGCCCGUACGUCAAGCAGCUCACCGCCAAGAACCUGCGCUUCCCGCUGCCCCACCGCCGCACUCGUGCUGCGGGCAUUUACGCCGGCAAGCGCCCGUCGACCUUCUACUAA